CAGAUAUUAUAUUAUCAAUUGCAAAAACUAUAAGGAAACAAGAAUCCCCCAUUUCUCUCAUUGGAUUUCUAUUUCCCUAUUUGGGGCUUCUCUCUGUCUCUCUCUCUAUCUCUGGGUAAUGCUAUCUGAAUUAGAAAAAAGAAAAAGAAAGAUGGGUCAAGCUCAGAGCGAAGUGGCGGCAGUAGAUCAAACUCAGAACCACCAAUCGUCGCCCGCUACUUCUGUGGAAUCUCUUAUUGCAGAAGCUGCAGCUUAUGGCAAUGAUGAGAAUGAGUCUCUUGAUGCGAAGGCUCAGAAAGCAUUAGAAUGCCCAUGCAUUGCUGACUUACGCAAAGGCUCAUGUGGGAUCCAGUUUUCAGAAGCUUUCGUUUGUUUCCUCAAAAGUACGGCUGAAGAGAAGGGUUCAGACUGCGUGCAUCCGUUUGUGGCCCUGCAGGAUUGUCUAAAAGCUAACCCGGAGGCAUUUUCAAACGAUAUUUUAGAACAGGAAGUGGAAAAAGAGGAAGUAGAAGCUAAAGACUACAAAAUGUUCCCUCCAGCAUGGUCUCAGGCGCAUUAAGGUGUGAUUUUGGCUAGCUGAUAAUGUUGACAUAUAAAGAAAUGAAGAUUGUCGGAGAAUCAUUUUGACAUGGUUUAGUUAUUAGAAAACUAGGAAGGGUUGUUUGGGCAAGCAAACAGAAUUUGAGAGACUUGAGUUUUGAGUAUGAAAGCAGGUUCAAUCAAAGAGAUGUAGUUUAAACAUCUUAUUUGCAUUUUAUAAAUCAGAUAUUAGCUCUCCGUGGUGGGGGAGCUGUAACA